AAGUUGCCCACCAUCAAUUGCGUGAAGACAAAGGUGUUAAGGGUAUGAAGGCCCAUUAUCACACAUUCGACGGAGUGAGGUAUUCCUUUAAAGGCAUCUGCACUUACUUGCUGAUGAAAGAAAAUGUUACCGAUCCAAGAUUCCACGUGUGGGCCAAUCACGCUAGUGUGACAGAAAACGGCAGGACUAGUGUCAUGGUUAAAUCAGUGGAUGUGGAUGUUAAUGGUGUGGCUAUUGAGUUACAACAAGGAAAUGGAAAACUAAUGGUCAAUGGUGCUGACAUCCGUCCCGAAUUAGAAAAUAAUGGACAUUACGAGAUUGAUGGGAUUGAGUUCUCAUUUGUUAAAAACCAAAACCGAAUUCGUGUCAGCGUUACGGGCACAUUUCAGGUUGACUGGAAUGGCAAGGGCCACAUUAUCAUCGAGCUAGACAAAUCUAUGAUCGGCAACGAGAAAGAAGGGGGGAAAGUGAUUGGGUUGCUAGGUAACGCAAAUGGCGUGAGAGAGGACGAACUGAUAGAGCAGUUAUACGACGGGACUUAUCGAGUAAUGAGCAAGUUAGAAGCUGGAGAGAAGCCCACGAUGGAGGAAAUGAUAAGGUUUGGAAUUUCCUGGAUAAAGGAUUGUCAAGAAGUGGUAUAAUAUCAUGUCAGCGAGUAUUUGCUUCAACUUACCUGAACUGGUACCAACACCAACACAAAUCUUGAGAAAAAUUCUGAAAUUUGGAUUUAGUUUUUUCUAUGAUUGCAUGUUCGGAAUAUGUGAUGGGUAUAACUAUAAUUAUUCACGUUUAAAAUAACAAGACGAGCGUUUGCACUUAUAUACAUUUCUAUGUAGUUAUAUGUGCGAGUGUGUAAUUAUACAUGGAUAUAUCUUCUGACCUAACUAUAAGUUGGGAAGGAACACUUUCGUUCAUCGUAUUUCUAUUAGUCGUAAUUAAAAAUCCAUUCUUGCAAG